GAGCAUGCGGCUGACUGAGACAAACCCAGAGCGACGAAAGAACGCAUCGGGUUCAAAGGCACUAGCGGUCUGAAGACGAAGCACUGGCGAUGAUCGCGGUUCUGUGGCUGGCGGCUCUGGCGUGCUGCUUCUGCGGGGCGACCCGACCGUCGCCGACGCGACCGCACGGCUUCAAGAUGAUGCGCAGCGCGCGAGGGCCACCGCCGAGCGGCCGCAUGCCGCCGACCACGGGCCGACCCGUCUUCUACCCGACGUCUGGCGAGCUAAGGCCGCGGCUGGACUCACACGGAAUGCCAGCCUGCGAGACCCGCGGCUUGGGCGAGAGCGCAUACUGCGUUGAAGACGCCACUUACCCGACGCAGAUUAUACGGAACGUGCUGCAGAGCCUGAAUGUGGAUCUGAGUGACAAGGAGAUCCUGGCGCGACAACCUCUGAACCACGAGGACAGCAUUGACCAGCGCGUAUGCUCUACCAAGCGCAAAACCAUCUACCCGAAAACCGCGCGGAGCGCCGACCACGAGUGGCUGUACGUCGUUAACGACGUGGAGUAUGCUCAAGCCGUCACCACCGAAAUCUGCGCGAACGAAGAGGCACCUUGCGACUUCGUGUCCAGCGGCCUUCCUCCUGGCUAUUCGUCUGCGUGCCGACAGAAGUUCGCGUACCGCAAGCUGCUCGCCAUGCACCCGACCGAGAGGAAGGCGUACGCCGAGAACUUUCCCUUCCCGUCGUGCUGCGUCUGUUAUGUCAAGUCUCCACCACUGGCCGGGCGCAGCUUGAACCCGAGUCGCCGCCGCAACUGAGAACAGCAGUAACAACACCCUUGGACAGGACGGACAGACCAUGCGCACUAUUCUAAGCGCGUCAUCGCUUCGAGAUCGAAAGCAUGUUAUGCUCGGCAGCCCACCUGCGCGACGUUGUGAGGUCGUACGUGGUGGUGUCCUUGCUCUAUUCAACUCCAACGGGCAUCAAGACAUCCUUGCCGACUGCAUCCCGCGCGGCCAAACUUCUGGCAAACAUUUUCUCAUUCUUGUUGCGUCACUGGAGGCGAAGAAUGUCCCCACAUCGCGCGGUCUUUUCUUGCGGUAGGGCUCGAAACUUUAUCGCCUAGCCUCCCUUUCAUGGCGUGUUGUGGGUGCAGCUAAUUGCUUUCGAAAAAAAAUUAAUUGGAGUAUCUUGCUUGCCAAAAGCACCAUUCGGUUGUGAAGCACGCUUCAGUGGGUUCGGACGCUGCUGUGUAAUUUGGACCACUUGUAUUUUCACUUGUUUUUCAUGCGCAUAUCCAAGUAAACGAGCAAAUUUUGCAAUGUGACUGGUAUCGCACCCUCGAGCUCAGCAGCGAGACGAGUAUACUUACGUCGUUGACACGUAGCAACUGCAUCACACAUAUGGAUAAGAGCUCACGAAGACAGCUGGAGCGGGGGGGGGGGGGGAUGCGAACUUCUUCUUCUACUUCAGUGGCAGCACAUAUAGAGCACUUUACGAAUGCGUAAAAAGGGGCUCUGCAGCACUUUUCUGAGGAAUCAUCCAAUGGCUUCAUUAAAGGAUUUUAUUGCCUCCCGAA